AUGGCUGCCUCGCAAGCCACGAUCCACGGCAUUCAACUUUUCAAAGACCUUUCGUACUCGUGCACGGAUAAAACAGUGGUUGACGAAUGGGUUGUUCACAUGGGUCGCAGGCCAAGACAUUCUAGUCGAAUCGUUGCCACGCCUGCAAAGAUGAACACGCUAGGGCUGGGCUGCUUUGUAAUUCUUGUCCAGAAGCCUAUCCGUCGAAGUCGCGGCCAUCGAUUCCGCAGAGCUGCGAUCGUAUUCAUUGUGGAGAAGGGCUUCGUUGCGCGCACAUGGUGGAUGGGCAUGAGAUUUUGGCCUUUGCGUAGCAAGGUGGGUCAGCUAUCUGCACGCCGUGGUCGAGAGAACGGGAAAGUCGGCUUCGAGGGAUCGGACGGAGGCGGCGCGGGCUUCGAGCUCGAGGGCGUCGAGCAGGUAGCGAGCCCGAACGAGCGGCCUGGCACGGGGCCAGCGCGAUGA